AUGGUCUUGGGGACAAAGAUUUUGAACCUAAAAAGGAGAAAGUUACAUCAGCUUAGUGAUUUGAAUUCAGAGCAGAUACACUUCAGUGACCAAGAAAUUCCGGCAGAGUUUGAAAGACGAUCCGCUAGCGUGUUGAUAGCCCUGGAGAAACUCAACUUCGAUCUUCGAAUGUACCUGGAUGAAAUGCAGAUUAACUGCCAGGAGAGAGAACAUAAAGAGAAAAUUGAGUCUUCAUAUCUGACAACAAAUGUGAGGUACUCGAAACUGUAUGAAACAACUGAAAGAAAGAAAAAAACGUAUAAAAAACAAUAUUCUAUUGAGCUUAUUAAAAAUGACACCUAA